AUGCAACAGGUCAGCUCGCUGGCGCAGCUGUGGUUCCUGCGCGCCGUGCUGCUGCCGCUGCCGGGGAUGCGGCACUUUGUGACUUACAUCGCGCUGCUGCAGCGGCAGUGGGAUCGGAUCUACGAGGGGCGCCGGAACAACGCCUGGAUCAAUGGCCGCCAUCUAGAGUGGUUGAGGGAGGUCGUUCCCGCGGAUCGGCUGGUGUUUUUUGAUUUCAGGGACAGCUGGGAGCCGCUGUGUCGGGCGCUGGGGAAGGAGGUGCCCCAGGGGAUUCCUUUUCCUCGGAUUAAUGAUUCCAAGGCUAUCGAUCGCGUUGCGGAGUAUCAUAUUCAGCGCAGAUUAUUGCGUUGGGCUGUUGCGGUUGCGGUGGUCGGGGUGGUUGGGGGUUGUUGGUGGGUUUUUGCGAGGUGA